GUUCAUGUUUAAAACAUGUCACAGAUUGCAAAAAAAAACCCUCUCAUCAUUGUUCUUAUCCAGGUGUUGUCAGCUGCCUCAGCGGCAGGAGUAUCUGUAGCCUUUGGUGCCCCAAUUGGUGGAGUCCUUUUCAGUCUGGAGGAGGUCAGUUACUAUUUCCCACUGAAAACUUUAUGGAGAUCAUUUUUUGCUGCUUUAGUAGCUGCAUUCGUUUUAAGGUCCAUCAAUCCUUUUGGUAAUAGCCGCCUAGUUCUUUUUUAUGUGGAAUAUCACACUCCUUGGUACCUUUUUGAACUGCUUCCUUUUAUUCUUCUGGGAGUAUUUGGUGGGCUCUGGGGAGCGUUUUUCAUCCGAGCAAACAUCGCAUGGUGUCGUCGACGCAAAUCUACGAAAUUUGGGAAGUAUCCUGUCCUGGAGGUUAUUAUUGUUGCAGCAAUAACAGCUGUCAUUGCAUUUCCUAAUCCAUAUACAAGGCUAAACACCAGUGAGCUUAUUAAAGAGCUCUUCACGGACUGUGGGCCGUUAGAAUCGUCCUCCCUCUGUGACUACAGAAAUGAUAUGAAUGCAAGCAAAAUAGUAGAUGAUAUUCCUGACCGUCCAGCAGGCACUGGAGUCUAUUCAGCUAUAUGGCAGUUGUGUUUAGCACUCAUAUUUAAAAUAAUCAUGACAGUCUUCACUUUUGGUAUCAAGGUUCCAUCUGGGUUGUUCAUACCUAGUAUGGCAAUUGGCGCAAUAGCAGGAAGGAUUGUAGGAAUUGCAGUGGAGCAGCUGGCUUACUACCAUCAUGACUGGUUCAUCUUCAAGGAGUGGUGUGAAGUUGGAGCUGACUGUAUUACACCUGGUCUUUAUGCCAUGGUUGGUGCUGCUGCAUGCUUAGGUGGUGUCACAAGGAUGACUGUGUCCCUGGUAGUUAUUGUCUUUGAGCUAACAGGAGGGCUGGAAUAUAUUGUGCCCCUAAUGGCUGCAGUCAUGACCAGUAAGUGGGUAGGAGAUGCCUUUGGUAGGGAAGGCAUCUAUGAGGCACACAUCCGACUGAAUGGAUAUCCUUUCUUGGAUGCAAAGGAAGAAUUCACUCACACAACACUGGCUGCUGAUGUUAUGAGACCUCGAAGAAGUGAUCCACCUUUAGCGGUUCUGACACAGGAUAAUAUGACAGUCGAAGACAUAGAAAACUUGAUCAAUGAAACCAGCUAUAAUGGUUUUCCUGUUAUUAUGUCAAAAGAAUCGCAGAGACUAGUGGGCUUUGCUCUAAGAAGAGAUUUAACUAUUGCAAUAGAAAGUGCUAGAAAGAAGCAGGAAGGGAUUGUUGGCAGUUCCAGGGUCUGUUUUGCCCAGCAUACCCCAUCGCUUCCAGCAGAAAGCCCUCGACCUUUGAAGCUUAGAAGCAUACUUGAUAUGAGCCCUUUCACCGUGACAGACCACACACCCAUGGAAAUAGUGGUGGAUAUUUUCCGGAAGCUGGGUCUGAGGCAGUGCCUUGUAACACACAAUGGGAUUGUCUUGGGGAUCAUCACAAAGAAGAACAUAUUAGAGCAUCUCGAGCAACUAAAGCAGCACGUCGAACCCUUGGCGCCUCCUUGGCAUUAUAACAAAAAAAGAUAUCCUCCGUCAUAUGGCCCAGACGGCAAACCAAGACCCCGCCUCAAUAAUGUUCAACUGAAACCCAUAGCUGAGGAGAGAGAGGAAACGGAAGAGGAGGUUCAUUUGUUGAAUAGCACAACACUUUAGGCUGGGGGAUACUUCCAAAAUCAGAGACGAGAGCUGGGUUUUUGCUGCUGGAAAUCAGGAGUUGGUCUGGGGGAGUAUGUGGCGAGGAGGAAGGCUGAUGGGAGCGUGGGAAGGGAGAGCCGCUGUCCUGCACUGGAUGCGUCCCGAGGCGUCAGGUCUGCCAUGAUAGUGCAGUGGGUGAGCCGUGCGAGGUGGCGCAAUUCUCCAGCCCCAGCCUGGUACUUCAGCUUUGAAGAGAUGUGUUACUAGUCCCUGUUUCUGGAGGGAUCAUUCUGAAUUGAGCCAUCUUACGGAGACUGAAAGGUCUUGCCCUUUUUACCAUUGAGAACUGUUGUGUUAACUCAUGAAGCGUAUUAAUUAUUACACGUCACCUUUCUACAUUCCAGAAGAGCUUUAUUUCUCUCUCUCCUGAGCCGUAACAAAGCCUCUUUAAAAUUGGUGUGCCCUUUUGAAGCAGUUGUUUCUCAUAUUGAGAUGUACUGUGAGUUACUGAGGUUCGAUCACAAGAAGGGAGGUUUUUCUUGUGCCAUUAAACGUGUAAGUUUGUACAUCGUGAAAUGCUCGGGGCAGUACAGGUCUGCUGUGACAAAACCAGAUUGAACAGGUGAUGAAUACCUUGCCGGAACCAUGUGAGACUUCUUUCAACCCAUGUGCUGUCGUGAUACGAGACAAAUUAAAACCAGAUGAAACUAGCGUUUCAAAGAAAAAUACUGUUUUUGCUGCAGAAAAUAUCAAUAAUGUGACCUGGUCUUAUGCAAUUUUUGUAUUCUUGAAAACACUAUGAUAUAUACCAAUGUUGUGCAGUAUAAGGAAAAAUACUGCUAUUCUACUAGUUACGAGCUGGAACAAUUCUGUAUACGUGUAUCUGGUAAAAAUUGCAUGCUACAACACUGGAGAGCUUUUUUCCCCCCCUGUAAAAUUUGAGAACAGUCAUUUUUAUUUUUAAUUCUCCACAAAAGACGUUCCACUGCUGACAUGGUAGGAAGAAAUGUAACUCAUAACUUGCACUAAAUGUAUAUUAUUUUUCUUGAAGUUUUACCAUUCUUUAUUUAUAUUUGUAUGGAUUAAAAAAUUCUAUUAAAUAUGAAUCAGUUAAUAUCUCACAUAACUAAUUACCUUUUUAAUGUGAUUUUAUAGUAUAAUUCAUAAUCCUCUGCAAGUAAUGGAGGAUUAGCAAAUGUUUACAACUAGAUGAAGGGUUUAAACAAAAUGGUUUCUUUAUGAUCCAACAUGCAUAUAAGAUCAUUUUGAAAUGGAACUUUCAUUGCCGUUACCUUGAGAUUUCCUUUUUCCUUUUAUUAGCAGAUAACUGGAACAGUAAUAUUAAAAUGUUAUUUUUAAAAAACUGCAGGGUUUUAAAAAUAAUAGGAAGAAAGCAACUAUAAUUAUUAAAUUGCUUUUGACUGGUUUGUUUAUUGGUUUUGGGGGUGAUUUUUUUUUCCCAAGUCUUUAAAGCUGUAAAUGUUGUGUAGCCACAGAAGAUGAGCAGCAGGGCAGAAUUGAAUCCAGUACUUGAAAAUUUGGCAGGACUGUAAAAUUAAGCAGCAACACACAUGCUAGCAGGUGAACUGACAGAUCCCCAACUUCUUUACUUUUUUUCUUUCUAGGCAUGAGAUGAAUUUGUUUCACAUUCAUUUUAUCCAGCCACCACCCCCACAAAUACAUGCAGAGGAAAAAAAGGCAAUAUGCUAAGCCUAAAGUAGGAAGGAAACAAAUUAAGAAAUCUAUCUGAAAAAAAUCAUGCUUUACAAUAUGAGGUUAGAUACAAUUUCCUUCUUUUAACAACUGUGCCCAUAAGACUGCAAAAAUAUAAAUGGUAAAUGUCUAAAAUAAUAAUCCUAGGUAUCUCAAAGGCAUUCAUCACAGUUACCUCAAACAUCUGUAUUCGCAAAGUGCUCAGUAUGAUUUUAUCUUAAGUACAAUAACGUACUGAACUGAAAUUGUGGUACUUUUGGCAAGCUCCAAACUAAUGCCUGUGCUGAAGUGCUCCGCUGAAUUUUUACUGAUUUUUCUGAGUAUAAAACUGCCAUCUACGUCUCAUCAUCUCAUCUCUUGCAGCAACUGGAACAAGUAGAAAACAAAAUGCGUCAGUGGGCUCAUGGUGAUUAGCCCCUGUUAUUUAAAAUGGGUUUGGACUGCAACAGGGAGUAGGGCUGUGUUAAAAUGGGAGCGUUGCAGCAGCUAGCUGUAUUCUUCCACAUGAAGCCAGUGUUAGUGUUUCAAAAGUUGUUCUGUUACAUUGCGUAAGCCUGCAGCCACUUUACAGGAGAAACUUCACAAAGAGCAGGAUGUGGCCCAUCUACAGAAGGCAGCUCUGGAAGUUGUCUGUGAUGCCGAUUUCUGUUUAAUUUUUUUUUAGUGGAAGAAUAUAAACACACUACACAGAAAAAUUGCUUUAAAUCAGUUUGAAACCUCAUAAAACACUGCUGUGUGUACUGUAGUAACUUGCACGGAAUGUUACAAGCUUGUACUGUCUGAAUUAAAAUACAGUUCACACCCCUGCUGUGUUUUAUAAUUUCAGUAUGGAUCCCAAGUGCUGCAUAGAAAUUGUGCAUCUCUGUUUACUCUUCUUACCUGCUAAGCUUUCCCUGUCAACAUCUACAAUGUUUUCUGGUAAAUGUACAUUAGAGGUUCUGAUAAUGAAGUAUGUGUGCCUGUGCUGUGCAACAAAAAUUUUCCAACGUAAAACUUGCAGCGCCUUACUGAAGUUACUAAUUUGAAAAAAAAUGUGGUGGAUGGGAGGGGGAAAGUGUCAGCAUUUUUUUGGGUUUUGGUUGCUUUUUUUUUUUUUUUUAAACCAUUCAGUUACUGGUUCAUGAAGAAUGCAUUCUUUGUUAAUCUGUGAUGUUGCCUAGAGCUGUAUUUAAUAUUGAUCUUAAUGUUUUUAUUUAUAAUAGUGUGGUAGAGCUGCAUAUCAUUACAGUAAAAAUUCUGAUUGCUGUGAUGAUUUAAUCAAACAUUAAAAACUUCUGUAUGACCA